UAAUGAGCGAGCAGGGGCAGAGGGAAGGGAAUCCUGCAGUUUCCUGGGCUCUGCAGUAAAAAUGUUAGGUAUCUCCUUCAGCCUGUUUAUUUGGAAAGAGAAUUAUACACAGAUUUGAGGCCUCUGACUUAUAUUGCUUUUGAGAGGCGUGGAGCUGGGAUGCUUACACAAGCAAGCUUAGUUCUUUGGGGACUUUUUAAAGAUAAACAGCGUAGAGUCCAUGCCUAGUUCUGUGGGGAAACGUGAGGAUAUUUGUUUAAUUUGUGUGCAGGGUGGGUGCUGUCCAUACAGCCUCUACCUCCAAAGACCAGACAAUCUAAGGGCCUAUCUGCGUGGGGAAAUUACUCCAGAAUAAGGCAGGGUGUGAAUCUAAAGCGCAAGAGCUAUUCUGGAAUAACUCCACCUGUCGAGUUCCAAAAGAAGAACAUCCAGGUGGGGAGCUGUUGCAGAAUAACUAUUCCAGUCAAUUUCCCCAUGUACACAAUUCCUAAGGACCCAACCCCAAAGUGAGUUCUCCAGUUGUGGCCCCGAGAAACCAAGGGUCUCUCUGCAGCACAGGGGGAUGUCUGUAUGGAGCUCACUGCAGGAUUGGCUUAAACAGCCAAAACCCAGGCAAAGGCCUCAGUCCUUCAACGGGAUCUGUGCUGGUGCGUCUUCGUACCUGUGCCGAGUCUCCUGCAGUUCUGACUGUGCAAGGAUGGAGAAAUGGGUGCAGAGUAAAAAGCCAGGUGACUAAAAGGUAAUGGUCAGUGAGGAUCUUGCUAGGGCCAUGGUUUUUCUUUGCAAUUUUUAGCAUUUACUGUGCAAAAUCCCUGAAGUGCAUUAAUUCCCCUUUUUAUAUUAAUAUUUGUAAGUGUGAGUGUGACAUUGGUGAGACCAUUCUUUUUGUAUCUUUUCUAUAAUUUAGCAGCAUUCAGUUUAGCACAAGCCAGUCCCGCAAGUCCCUCUUUCUAAUCACUUCACGUGAACUCAUUGCAUGUUCUUUGUACAGCGUAGGCGGCAGAUGGGUGGCUUUCUUUAACUGUUAUAAAUGACCUCCCCAAAAAGAUUUUGGGACAUGGGCCCAGAUUGCCAAAACUGCUUAUCAUCGCUCCCAGUGGGGGCCAGAACUGCAGAACAGCUCAGCUAAGCCCCAAAAUAUGUGAGCAGGUUUACAAAAGAGCUUGGGGUUCUUGAAAAUCUGGCUGUAAAUCUCAAUGGGAGCAGCUGAGUCCUGAGCACUCUGGCUCCUAUUCAAGUGCCUAAAUGGGGAGCUGAGCACUGGCAAAUCCAGUCCUGAGCAACUUUGAAAAUCUGGCCAUGUGAUCCUGUUCUAAUACUUUUAUCAGUAUAAACUGGAUCAUCAUCCUUUACUAGUUCUCUUUUUUUCGGCUAUAAGUAAUUGUUGUGACCCAACCCAAGAGAGGAGGACAAAAGCAACUUGUUUUUGCAGAUUGUGUAGAUUCAAAAGGUCAGGCAAUCAAAAGAAAAAGGAAAACAUGCUAAUCUCUCCCUUCCCCCAGUGCCCUGAAAAAUCUGUAUUGCUACCUCGAGACUAGCCCUGAGCAACAAUACCUGAGUGAAAUGCAACACCUUUAAGAAACUUAGCUAUGUCAGUUUUCACUUUAGUCCUAACCCUGUGAUCAGACCGUGUGGGGACAAAGGCAGUGUUGAUCUGUUUGUGUGUGUUUAUACGGUAACAAGGUUUGCUUUCUUUUUCCUACCUCCCCCAUUCACCCUUUCCUUUCCCCAGGCCCAUUAAGGUUGGUAAGGCAUGUGGGAAGAACGUAAAGAAGAGGCUAGGGCAUUGCUCUUUGACCUUUGCCGGUGACCUGGCUGGGCAGAUGAAUGAUGUUGGUUGAGAAAUGACAAUCCUAUGUCAGAAACAGUUUCAAGUUCUCCAUGUUGCAAGAAUAUGUGCAGCUGUAUGAGAAUACAGGGCUUCCUGGCCCAAGCUAUAACCAAGUUACCACCAUCUGAGGGCUGCUCUGGUAUCCGGGGUGUGAAAUGAAUUGGUGCUGACACUCCAGUCGGGUCCAUGUCAUAAAACUACCAACUAGACUAGCAGCUACUACUUAGCUGAAAACAAAAGGUGUUACUGUCUGCAGUCCCGGAGGAGAAUCUGAGAUCAAAUAGUUUAGAGCCAACCCACGCAGCAUCCUACCCGCACUGAACAGCAGCUGCUAAAGAGAGGUGCUGGCUCUGAGAACCGCAGGGGCUGAAAAUGGGAAGAUGCCUGAGUUUCAACUGUAACCACUGUUUCAUCGUGCUGUUCUUCUUCAGCUCUCUGAGCCAUUUGGGCCUUGCCCAGUACGAGCACUGGCCCUACUUAGGCUACCCUGAGCAACCCCCUUCGCAAUACCACACCCCGCAGCAGCCGGCCAACGUCCCCAAGAUUCAGCUGCGGCUCAGCGGGCAGAAGCGGAAGCACAACGAGGGGCGGGUGGAAGUGUUCUACAAUGGGGAGUGGGGCACGGUGUGUGACGACGACUUCUCCAUGCACGCCGCUCAUGUGGUGUGCAGGGAGCUGGGCUACGUGGAGGCUGUGUCCUGGGUGUCGAGCUCCAAGUACGGAAAGGGAGAAGGCAAAAUCUGGAUGGACAAUGUCCACUGUACUGGCAAAGAGGUGACUCUGGCAGCAUGUACCACAAACGGCUGGGGCGUCACAGACUGCAAACACACCGAAGACGUGGGAGUUGUCUGCAGUGAAAAGAGGAUCCCUGGCUUCAAGUUUGACAAGUCGUUUCUCAACCAAAUAGAGAACAUGAACAUCCAGGUGGAGGACAUAAGGAUCCGAGCCAUUCUUGCUACCUACCGCAGGCGUGUACCUGUUACAGAGGGUUACGUGGAGGUGAAAGAUGGAGGGAACUGGAAGCAGAUCUGUGACAAACACUGGACCGCGAAGAAUUCCCGAGUCGUCUGCGGCAUGUUUGGAUUUCCGGGCGAGAGGAAAUACAAUGUCAAGGUCUACAAGAUGUUUGCCAGCAAGAGGAAGCAAAAUUACUGGGCUUACUCCAUGGACUGCACUGGCAACGAAGCUCACAUCUCCAGCUGCAAAAUGGGCAACCAUCUCAGCGUGGAUGCCGAGAAGAAUAUCACCUGUGAAAACGGGAUGCCUGCUGUGGUGAGCUGCAUCCCUGGGCGUGCCUUUGCUCCCAGCAGCAACAGUGGCUUCCGAAAAGCCUUCAGGCAGGAGCAGCCGUUGGUCAGGCUGAAAGGCGGGGCCAAGAUUGGAGAAGGCAGAGUGGAAGUGCUGAAGAAUGGGGGAUGGGGAACUGUUUGCGACGAUCAAUGGAACCUGAUUUCAGCCAGUGUGGUCUGCCGAGAGCUGGGUUUCGGGAGCGCCCAGGAGGCUAUAACAGGCGCAAGGCUCGGGCAAGGAAUGGGUCCCAUUCACCUAAAUGAAAUAGACUGUACAGGGUUUGAAAAAUCCAUCACAGACUGCAAGUUCAACACAGAGUCGCUCAGUUGUAACCAUGAAGAAGAUGCUGCUGUAAGGUGCAACGUUCCAGCCAUGGGUUUCCAGAAUCAGCUGCGUCUGAGCGGCGGCCGUAACCCCUACGAGGGCCGGGUCGAAGUCCUCAUGCAGCGCAAUGGCACUCUGAAGUGGGGGACUGUCUGCAGCCAGAACUGGAGCACCGUGGAAGCCAUGGUGGUGUGUCGCCAGCUCGGCCUCGGCUUCGCCAGCCACGCCUUUCAGGAAACUUGGUACUGGCACGGAGACGUCAGCGCCAAUGACGUCGUCAUGAGUGGCGUGAAGUGUUCCGGGACGGAGAUGACCCUGGCGCACUGCCGGCACGACGGGGCCCAGGUGUCGUGCCCCAGAGGCGGCGGCCGCUUCGCCGCAGGAGUUUCCUGCUCAGAAACUGCCCCGGAUCUGGUGCUCAAUGCCGAAGUGGUGGAGCAAACCUCCUACCUGGAGGACCGCCCGAUGUUCUUGCUGCAGUGUGCGCUUGAGGAGAACUGUCUGGCCACCUCGGCUGCCAACACAUCCGUGUCCACUGGCUACAGGAGGCUCCUGCGCUUCUCCUCCCAGAUCCACAACAACGGGCAGGCUGACUUCCGCCCCAAGAAUGGCCGCCACGCCUGGAUUUGGCAUGACUGUCACAGACAUUAUCACAGCAUGGAGGUUUUUACACACUACGAUCUGUUGAACCUCAAUGGUACCAAGGUGGCCGAAGGACAUAAAGCCAGUUUCUGUUUGGAAGACACUGAAUGUGAAGCAGAUGUGCAGAAACAGUACGAAUGUGCUAAUUUUGGGGAACAAGGAAUCACAGUGGGAUGCUGGGAUGUCUAUCGUCAUGAUAUUGACUGCCAAUGGGUCGACAUUACUGAUAUCCCACCAGGAGAUUAUCUCUUCCAGAUCGUCAUUAACCCAAACUACGAAGUGGCAGAAUCUGAUUAUUCAAACAAUGUGAUGAAGUGCAAGAGCCGGUAUGAUGGACAGCGCAUCUGGAUGUACAACUGCCAUAUAGGUGACUCCUUAGGCCAAGAAAUGGAACAGAAGUUUGAUCACUUCAGCGGACUCACAAAUAACCAGGUGUCCACGCGGUAAAGCAGCCGGCCUCCCACCCAUUAUUUAAGGAAGCAGGGAUGCCUGUUUGCAACUUCCCUAACCACUGCACAGAAAAAGAAACCAAGUAAACAACCAUGGACUUCAAAUUAGCAUCGUAAGUUAUUCUCAGCAACACCCUCCAUACCCAUUUCAGGUGCUCAGCACACUAGGAAACAGAAUUCGCUUGUAACUUCACUCCUAAUAUUAAGAUGAUUUGGAACCAGACUUUAAUUCCACUCGGCCCCAUGUCCCCGCAGCUAGGGCUUCACAUUCAUCCAGGCUAACCUGUUCACUGGAGACUCCCUCCCACCUUGUUCAUCUGCACAGUUCCAGGCUGCAGUGAGCAGAUCGCAGAGGUGGUGGUGGUUUCCUUUGGGUGAGGACAACCUACAUGUGUCCCUACCAUUGACAGUGUUUCAACAUACUUCCCUCUCAGCUGCCUUGCUCCUGUCUCAGCAUCUUUAUGCUUUGAUCUGAGUCUGAACGGACAUUGCUUUUCUAAAGGUACUUAAAUCCAACUCCUCCUCAGUCCUGCCAUGAAAAUACCCAAUUUAGCACAUAGCUAAGAAAAACUGGAGCACCUUCCUCAGACCAGGAAGCUGCCAAGUGUAAUUUAAUACUGUAAUGUAAACUUGUUCAUUUCAAAUGCUCCACUCACAGUUUGAUCUUUAAAAGGCACAUCUAAAGCAGGGCUAGUCCGAACUGUGUUCUCUACAGUACUUACCAGAACUCCACACAGCUACAAGUCAAUUAUGCAAUCUAGACCUGGAAAAGUUCCAUUAUUUAGUACACAUUCUUGUGUUGGGAGACUAAACAGCAUUUCUGCUGCACACUAAGCUGUUCAUCCAAAUGAUUUUAUGUACAUCUAUUCCUUCCAACACCUUUUAAGCUAGAUAUUACAACUGAGCCUUUUCUUUAAAGGAUGAAUAUAGUUAAUCAUUGUAUCAUCAAUAUACUUUUACAAAGAUAACUUAUUGGCCUUUACUGUCAGGGAUCUGGAUCUUUGCAUUAUGUCAGACCACCUGUGUAAGCGAUUUUUUAAAAGAGAUUUUACACUUCGGUAAAUGCAUAAUGGUGCUAAGUGUGUUCCUCUGUUUGUUUGAGGACGCAUGUUGCUACAUGUCUUCAGACACACACCUACUUGAAUAAAAAUCUCCUUUGCCCAGAAAAGAGUUUUAUAUGCCAUUUUUGUGUAUGUUCAUUGAGUGACCUGGAAGUUUAGUUCUUUGACCCCUCUGCCAUGUGGCUAGGGCAAGGGACUGGGAGCCAGGAUACCUGGGUUCUACUCCCACUCGCUUGCUCUCAGUCAGCAAACUAACUAAAGGGACUUCAACAAACCUGAGCUCUAGUCACUUCUUAAGUUACAGCAAAGGCUGGUAUUGCAUCAGCUGAGUGCAAAUUGGAAAAUCACUUAGUUAUACUAACAUCACUGGACUGAAAUGUUUUAUCUUAUUACACACCUAAAGUGCGAUUGAAAUUGGAUGUGUCCCUUUAACCUCAUUUUUGCUCUCUCUAACCUACCUCACAGGGGUGUUGUGAGGUGUAAGGAAUGCCUGCCAAGUCCUUUGCUAAUGUCUAUCAGAGGAUCUUCAAGUAUGUAUCUAAUAAAUACUAAGUUAUUCCUCUCUGCCUAGAGAGAGGUAUCUGGCUAAAGUUUUGCACCUACAGUAAUCUGGAAAGCUCCAUUUUGUUCUGAGGAGGAGAGACUUUAGUAAAGGCCUGAGCCUGAAGAAUGUUCAAAAGCCUGAGCUCUUGCAGCAUUCUCUCAGGAUCAGGGGAUGUCAAGUUCUGGCUUCCCCCCCAAAUCAGUGGAUAAGAACGCUCCUUGAAAUACUGCACCAUCACAACCCUGAGCAUGCUUGUUACAUACUGUGUAUCCAGAAAAACUGAUGCUGCCACAUGCAUUUGCUGCUUAUCAGUUUUGUGGUAUAACUUUAUUUUAACAAACGUCAGCUUUACAACUUCAGUAAACAUUAAACAGCUAUUGACUCUU